AUGGGCUCAGUCGGUACCUCCCGUCCAGAGGAUGUUGCCAUCAUCGGCCUUUCUUGCCGCACAGCCGGUGGCAACGACAGCCCUGAGAAGCUGUGGGAAUUCCUGAUGAAUAAACAAGACGCGUCUGGCGAAGUUCCCGAGAAACGCUGGGAGCCAUGGUACCGUCGAGAUGCGAGAAAUGCCAAGGUCAUCGACAAGGCCAUCAAAAAAGGUUACUUCAUCGAGGACCUGGAGAACUUCGACGCCGCGUUCUUCGGCAUUUCAUCAAAAGAGGCCGAGCAGAUGGACCCUCAUCAAAGAUUAGGGCUAGAACUGACAUGGGAAGCGCUAGAGAAUGCAGGCAUCAACCCAAAGUCCCUGUCGGGAUCUGACACAGCCGUCUACAUGGGUUGUGACUCCGAUGACUUUUCCAGGCUUGUACUUGAAGAUAUUCCAAACAUUGAGGCUUGGAUGGGGAUUGGCUCAACACCACACGGAAUCCCAAACAGGAUAUCCUACCACCUGGAUCUCAUGGGUCCAAGUGCUGCAGUUGAUGCCGCGUGUGCUUCAUCUGGUGUAGCAGUCCAUCUGGGUCGACAAGCCAUUGACAGCGGCGAGUCCACAGUUGCCAUCGUCGGGGGCGUGAACGUCUUGUGCUCACCUGCACUCUUCGUGAUGCUGAGCAAGGCUGGUGCUCUCUCACCCGACGGCGUCUGUCUUUCCUUUGACGAUGCUGCCCGUGGCUACGCACGGGGCGAAGGCGGAGCAGUGCUCAUUCUGAAGCGCCUCGACAAAGCCAUUGCCGACAACGACAACAUAUUGGCUGUUUUGAAGGGCAGCGCAGUUGCCCAGGACGGCAAAACCAAGGGCAUCAUGGCCCCAAACUCCAAGGCCCAGGAGUUGGUUGCCUGCCAGGCCCUCGCUCGCUCUGGAGUAGAUCCUCUCGAGGUCGGGUUCGUUGAGGCACACGCGACAUCGACUUCGCUUGGCGAUCCCACUGAGGUCUCGGCCAUUGCCUCUGUGUAUGGAAGGGGCAGACCAGCUGGCGCGCCCGCCUUGAUCGGCUCCAUAAAGCCCAACGUCGGCCACCUUGAGGCCGCUGCCGGUGCCAUCUCGAUGGUCAAGGCGAUCAUGGCCGUGAACAAGGGGGAGCUUGCGCCACAAGCGAGGCUGAACAAGCUCAACACUCGCAUAGAUUGGAAGAAUUCAGGUCUUCAGGUCGUCCGGGAGCGCACCACAUGGACGGAGCCAGAAGGCGUGCCUCGUCGCGCCGCUGUGUGCUCUUAUGGAUACGGCGGGACGGUGUCGCAUGCUGUCAUAGAGGAAUACCAACCUCUGACCUUGAAUGGGCAGUCUGUCUCUCCCGAGAAGAAAGAGCCCGGGGUCGUGACCUUGGUCAUAUCGGCACCUCAGGAGAAGCGGUUGUCCUCUCAAGCCACCAUCUUGGCUGAUUGGCUGUCCGGCCCCGGCAAGGACGAAGAUCUCAAGGCCAUCGCUGUGACGCUGGCUCUGCGCCGCGCCACUCAUACCUACCGCGCCACGUUCAUCGCCACGAGUCAUCAGGAGGCUAUCGAAGCGCUACGAAGCUUUUCCCACGACACUUCUGCAGAGGGGACCACGUGCGGCCGGAUUCUGGACGCGUAUCCGACACAGGGCCACGUCGUCUGGGUAUUCUCCGGCCACGGUGCCCAGUGGCCUGCGAUGGGCAAGGAGUUGCUUCGAUAUGCCGAGUUCUCGCAUAUGAUCUCUCCCCUGGACCAAGUGGUCCAGGAGGAAUGCGGGUACUCGGCUGUGAAGGCUCUGGAGGACGGUGACAUUGGAGAGUCGGAUCGGAUUCAGGUCUUGACCUACCUGGUACAGGUUGGACUCAGCCAGGUGCUAAGGUCGAAGGGCUUGGAGCCCCAGGCUGUGAUAGGUCAUUCCGUGGGCGAGAUUGCUGCUUCAGUGGUGGCUGGCUGCUUGACCCCGAAGGAGGGAACGCUCAUCGUGACCCGGCGAGCCAAGCUGUAUGCGCAGGUUAAGGGCCUGGGUGGUAUGGCACUCGUCAGCCUUCCCUUUGCAACUGUUGCCAAGGAGUUGAAGGGUUCUCGAGCAGUCGUCCCUGCCAUUGACUCUUCACCCAAUUCCUGCGUCAUCAGUGGCGAGUCCGCCCCUCUUCUAGAGUACCUCGCUGAUCUGAAGGCUCGAGGGAUCAAGACGUUCAAGGUCAACACAGAUAUCGCAUUCCACUGCCCGAUGCUCGAGAAACUGUCAGAGCCUUUGUCGCAGGCACUAGCAGGGGAACUCGACCCCCGGAAGCCGCUGAUUCCGCUGUACUCGACCUCGAAAGCACCGCGGUCCGAAAGCCCGCGCGACGUCGCCUAUUGGGUCGACAACAUGAUCAGCCCGGUGUGGCUGACCUCGGCUGUAAACGCUGCAGCCGAGGACGGCUUCCGAGUCUUUGCCGAGAUAUCAGCACAUCCAAUUGUCACGCACUCGAUCAAUGAGACACUUGGUCAGCGUGAGGACGUGGACGAAUUUGUGGCAAUAGGCACAAUGAAGAGGGAUGCUCCUGCGGAGCGGAGCAUCCAGCGUGCAAUUGCACAGUUGUGGACCAGGGGCAGCCCCGUCGAUUAUGAGGUUCAAUUUGGCCGCAAUAUCUGGUCAAAGAAUGUUCCCGGGACGCCUUGGGUCCACAAGCGACAUUGGAGAGAGGUCGAGACGGGUCCAAUCGGCGGAGAUACUGCGUGCCACGACGUCGACAAGCACACCGUGCUUGGCCAGCGCACCAGCAUCGCUGGAACUGAAGGUACUAUCGUCUAUACUACCAAGUUGAAUGACCAGAACAAACCGUACCCACGGACCCACCCGCUCGAUGGUACUGAGAUCAUCCCAGCGGGGGUGUAUUGCAACACCUUCCACUACGCUACUGGCGCGACAGUUCUGGACGAGGUCAAGCUCCGUGUGCCUGUUUCUAUGAGUAGCGAGACGAGGGAGGUCCAGAUCAUCGUCGAGGGUCAGGACAUCAGGGUAGCCUCCCGUCUGGAGCAGAAGAGGAGCGACGCCCUGGCAGACCAGCCAGAACUCCCGUGGGUUGAGCACAGCUCCGCACGCUGGAGCAAGCCUGAGAAGUUGCCCAGUGAGUCCACUUACGACAUAGUGGGGAUCCAGAAGCGCAUCGGCACCGUCUUGGGCAACGGAUUUGCCUGGGAGUACCUGCAGAAGAUUGGAGUCUCGGGCAUCGCCUUCCCGUGGCAGGUAGUCGAACACUAUGGAAACGAGAAGGAGAUGAUGGUCAAAGUCGACAUGGACCCAGACUCUGACUCCAUGUCCUGGGAUCCUUACUCCUGGGGCCCUCUCCUCGAUGCAGCGACAUCUGUCGGUUCCACCAUUUUCUUCAAAGAGGCCAGGAUGCGUAUCGUCUCUCAAAUCGACAGAGUAUUGAUCGUGUCCGAUGACCCGCGGCCCAAGAUUGCGUACCUCUAUAUUGAGGAGGCAUCUGACUCUAUAAGCCCAGCCGCCCAUGUCACCGUGUUGACGGAGCAGGGCGAGAUGAUUGCCAAGUUCCAGGCUUUGAGGUUCUCCGACGUUGAGGGUGCCACUGGUAUCAGCGGCAGCGUCGAAAGUCUUGUUCACCAGCUUUCGUGGAUCCCACCAACGCUCUCUGAAAAGCCUGUGUCGUUCAGAAGUGUUAUUCUCAUCUGCGAAGACUUAGCCGUCCUUGAAAAGUACGCGAGCCAAAUCCGCGAGCGAUACGAAGAGGUAAUUGAGGCAGCGAAUCUCAAGGACCUGACCAGACCAGAAGUAAUCCUGGCCAUGAGCAAGAAAGACUCCGCUCUUUUGUAUCUGCCUUGCGAGGUGAAGGACUUGGAUGACGUUGCAGCAGCAACCCACCGUUUCGUCUGGGAGGCUGUCAGUAUGAUCAAGUUGCUCGCGACGUCUUCUGCCGCUGCCAAGUUGUACAUCAUCACAGACCAGGUUUACAAGGGAAAGUCCCCCACCGCUCUUGCUCACGGUGCUCUUCACGGCCUCGCUCGUAUCGCGGCCGAGGAGCACCCAGACAACUGGGGCGCCCUCAUCGACAACGAGGGCGGGAUAUUCCCUACGAUGGCGCUCAAGUACGUUCAGGGCGAGCAGAUCAUUCGGAUGGACGACGGAGUGCCAAGGGUAGGCCGUCUCCGUCCUCUUUCCAGAGAGCAGCGGCACGGAAAGGACUCGCCCAAGACGCUUCUGCCCAAGCCUGAGGGGACAUACAUCGUCACCGGCGGUUUCGGUGACCUCGGCCGCGAGGUCCUCGAGUUCUUGGUCGAGAAGAAGGCCCGUCGCAUUGUUGUCAUCUCGCGCAGUGGUCUGCCGCCGCGCAAGGAUUGGGACUCUGACGAUCUCUCGGAGAACACGAGACUUGCUAUCACCAAGAUCCGCAAGCUAGAGAAGGCCGGGGCCUGGAUCCAUGCGAUGGCGCUAGAUAUUGGCGCCAAUGAUGCCCACGACAAAUUGCUGGCCGAGAUGGAUCGCCUCUCACUCCCCCGAGUCUUGGGCGUCAUCCACGCAGCUGGUAUCAUGGAGAACGACUUUAUCCAGAACGCGACAGCCGAGUCCUACGCCAAUGUCUUCGCGCCCAAGGUCUCCGGGUCUCUCGCCCUCCACCGGGCUUUCCCACCAGGCACGCUCGACUUCUUCGUCCUGUUCUCGUCCACCGGCCAGCUAGUCGGGACAGCAGGCCAGAGCUCCUACGGCAGCGCCAACUCGUUCUUGGAUGCCCUGGCCACGCACCGCCGGGCCCAAGGGGACAACGCCGUCGCGUUCCAGUGGACGGCGUGGCGCGGGCUGGGCCUGGCGACGUGCACCGACUCGUCGACCCUGGAGGCGGAGCUCGUCAGCAAGGGCAUCACGGACAUCACCAUCGACGAGGGCUUCCGCGCGUGGGAGCACGUCGGCAAGCAUGAUGUGGAGCAUGCCGUUGUCACUCGCAUCCGCACAUACGACCAGGGGGAGAAGGUCCCCCUGCCCCUUAUCGAGGAGGUGGCCCCCCGCCGCUUCACCUCUGUCGGCAACGUCGUCGCGGAGCAGCAGCCCGGGUCUCACGGGGUGACGGACUCGAGACCGGCUUCCGGGCCCGAGCUCAAGGAAUGGUUGAACGUGGCGAUACGGGGGUGCCUCGCAGCUGUGAUGAUGGGUGACCCUGACGAGAUCGACCCACGGGCUGCUGUCGCCGACUUGGGCGUUGACUCUGUAAUGACUGUGGUUCUCAGCCAGAAGCUUCAGGCGGCCAUGGGUAUUAAAGUGCCUGUCACUUUGACUUGGAACCAUCCUACGGUCUUGCAUAUGGUUGAUUGGUUCUAUGCUAAGCUUACUGAAAAUGUAUAG